CCCGCUACUUCACUUUUACUCCCCUUCCCUUCCUUUAGACUUUCACUUCUAUCGGCCCAGAGAGGCUUCUCCGAUGCAAAAAGACAAAGUAGGUGACUCUAGCCAUUCCUUGGUUUCUCGGUUCGACCCUUUUAAGCAUUCUGUCACCAAAACAUCUUAAAAAUUGGGACACCAUGAAGCUGCUGCCAGUCUUGGGGCCUGGAGACAAGCCCAGGAAAGCAACAUGGUACACUUUGACCCCCCCUGGAGACAGCCCCUGUGCUCGGGUUGGCCACAGCUGUUCAUAUUUACCCCCAGUUGGUGAUGCCACGAGAGGGAAGGUCUUCAUUGUUGGGGGAGCAGAUCCAAGCAGGAGCUUCUCAGAUGUGCACACCAUGGAUCUGGGAACACACCGGUGGGAUUUAGCCACCUCGGAGGGCCUCUUGCCCCGGUACGAGCAUGCCAGCUUUGUUCCCUCUUGUGCUCCUCAUACCAUCUGGGUGUUUGGAGGUGCUGACCAGUCAGGAAAUCGAAAUUGCCUACAAGUUCUAAAUCCUGAAACCAGGACUUGGACCAUGCCGGAGGUGACCAGCCCCCCGCCAUGCCCAAGAACAUUCCACACAUCGUCUGCAGCCAUUGGAAACCAGCUGUAUGUCUUUGGGGGCGGAGAGAGAGGCGCCCAGCCUGUGCAGGAUGUGAAGCUGCAUGUGUUUGACGCAAACACUCUGACCUGGUCACGGCCAGAGACCCUUGGAAAACCUCCAUCCCCCCGGCAUGGUCAUGUGAUGGUGGCAGCAGAGACAAAGCUCUUCAUCCAUGGAGGCUUGGCAGGGGACAAAUUCUAUGAUGAUCUCCACUGCAUUGAUAUAAAUGAGAUGAAAUGGCAGCAGCUAAGUCCCACGGGGGCAUCUCCCGCAGCCUGUGCUGCCCACUCAGCUGUGGCUGUGGGGAAACACCUGUACAUCUUUGGAGGGAUGACUCCCACAGGAGCACUGGACACAAUGCAUCGGUAUCACAUAGAAAAGCAGCAUUGGACCUUGCUUAAAUUUGAUACUUCUCUCCCCCCUGGACGAUUGGAUCAUUCCAUGUGUGUCAUUCCAUGGCCAGUGAUGUGUACUUCUGAGGAAGAAGAUUCCAAUUCUCUCACUCUGAACUGUGAUGCUGAGAAAGGGGAUUCCGCCAGCAAAGGAGUGACCCAAGGUGGUGACUCACACGAGGAAAGUCAGACUGACACACUGCUUUGUUUUGUGUUUGGCGGGAUGAAUACAGAAGGGGAAAUCUAUAGUGACUGUAUUGUGACUGUAGUUGACUAAUCCCACAUUUUUAUUAAAUGACAACUUUUCAGGGAAGUUAAAUGAAACCUUAGCUAUUUUAUACCUCCAAAAUAUUUUCUGCACUAUAUAUCCCUCUAACUCUUACCUAAUUUGGGAGGCGAAGAAAUGGAUAGCCCAGUGCAAAAACCUCUAUUAUAUAAAGGGUUUUACCAGCAAUACAACCUAGGUGGUAAGUGUGAUUGGUCAAGAUACUGAUCACAAAAAUGUUGGAGAAUUAAGCUGUAGAAACCAUAGUGUGGACAUUUACAGGUUGAAGCCUAUCUUUCUAGUAUUCAUCUAGUAGCUGCUCUCCACAAAGAGGUGCAGCCUGUUGGCAUGUGAGAGCCACUGGGGACAGGGAUGAAGACUGGCCCUUGUCUUUCCUAACCACCUGCUAACCCCACAACAUACAGCACUGCAGGUCACUUUUAACCGUUGUAUUGAACUUGGCCUGAACACCCUUGGUAUUAUACUCCAUGCUUGUCCAAAUGCUUCUGGGGCACUGCAGAAGUGUGGGCCUCCGACUAAAAACAGUCAUGCCAUCAGGUUCCAGUUCUGACACGUUAGAAAAUUAAACUUUUAGCCCAUUGCCCACCCCAUAAAAUAUCUAUCCUUGGGCACUAUUGAGUUUCAUAUCAGCACCAGAGAGCCCGCCCUUUUCGAUCAUGUAAAAUCAUUUAUCUAGAUCAUCCUUUUCCCUCAGGAAGCCAAUCCAAGUAAUCUUGAACCUCCCUUGAUACAAAUGACUACCUUUGAUCCACAGUUGUAACAGGGCUUAAAGUAAUUUCUCACCAUCCUAGACCCUACUCCAGACAACUAGUAAGAAAUUUCAGAGAUGAAGAUUCUGACAUAGUGGGAGUUUAAAAUAUACUUUUAUAAAAAAUAAGAAAAUACUUUAUAUCCUAAAAUUAUGAACUGAAUCUCAGUGUAUAAAGUUAACAUCAGUGAUCCAUCACUCAUAGCAAGUCUCAAUGAAUUCUAGCAGCUACAAAGCAUUAUUAGUAAUAAAAAGCCCCCAGAAAGUUUUAAAGGUAAGGGGAAAUUGGAAAUUUCGACGAUGUUCAAGAAAAUUCUGCUCUUGGGCAUGUGAAAUGACUCUUGCCUAGGUAAGAAUGUUUCUUACCUUUCCCACCCCUUUCUUAAAUUAACAUUAGGGCAAGAUCCCUGAAACAACUAAAUAAAAAGGUUUCUUUACCUCAAAACCCCACCAAGUAAGAAUGUGACCUUGAAGCAACUGACUUAAUUAGAAGCUUAUCACAAAAAUUAGACCAGUGUAAAUAACAAACAUUUAUUGGUGUCACUUAUGGUAGAAAAAGUUCCUACACCAGAUGCGCAUGACCCAAUUGUUAAAUAGAACAUUUCCAAGAUGAACACACGCCCUAACUCAGCUUUUUUACCCACUUUUUAAGAUAGCCAAUUCUUCCUCCCCCCCCCCCCCCCGCACCCCCAAGACAUGUGAGCAACUGCUAAUGAAAAGCAGUAAACAGCCACUUGGGCUAUAGCAUUUUCAACUCCACUCCAAGGUGAAGAUUCCAA